AUGUGGCUGAUUUUAGACGGUCGUGAGUUCGAUCCUCACACGGGGCACAAUACUUUUGUUGGCUCUACGUCUCCACUCCAGCCAGAACGACGGAUUUUAUUUGCCCCCGGGUGCACAGGGAGACCCCGGAGUCCGCGCUUUUCCGCAAAGGGGUUUCCGGGGCGACGCUGGGCUCGCCUCGCCUGCGGGAAAAACCGGUCCUCGCACGCUGUCAAGUCUCCCUUCUGUGUUCCGCGCCCUGGACUGAGGACUGGAAGGAAGACCGAGGCGCGACGACAGGGGGGGACACACGCGGCACACAGGCCGCGACCCCGUAAGCCGCUGACAAAGAACCGCAGCUUCCCCAGGGCGCAGUACCCCUGCCACCCCGCCCUCCCGGGUCGCUCCGCCCUGGCCCCGGAGGCAGGGCCGUCGUGCGCGGUCAGGCGGCGGAGGGCCCUGAGCACCACGGGGCAACGUGGGCGUGCGGCGCUGGGAGGCGGCGGGAUCCGAGGGGGCAGGGGAGGGGGGUCGGGAGCGCUCCUAGCAGGGGUGUCGACGGCCGCCGGCCGGGCGGGACCGGGGGCCCUGCUGCCACUGCGGCCGAAGCAGGUGCACCGGCCACCGCGGUGGUCCCCGACGGUUCCUGCGCGGCCAACCGAUGGCGAUGCGCUGGCUGUGAUCGCCUUCAUCCUGCAGCCGUCUGAUGCGGCACGAAUCUCUGCAGUUCCCCGACGGUGCGAGAGUACUUCCACUGACCUGACAGGGAGCACCUUCCCGAGGCUCUCCCGGCCCUCUCUCUGCCAUAAGGCCCCUUACUCAACGCGUCGUGGUGCCAGCGCGGAGACCCUGCCGUCUGCCAGCCAGGCUGGGCCCGGUGAUGGUUCAGGUACUCGGAAACCAACCACAGCCGGCUUCACGGCCCUGCCUCCGCUGGGACUCCAGCUCGGCCCCAAACCCACCACCUGCCGCCGUUAGCCUUGACUUCGGGGGACACGGCCAGUGUCUCGGAGCCCCUGGAAGGGCUGGGGCCAGUCCCUCAGCUGGAAGAGCUGAGAACCCUGCUGUCUCCAUUUCAGGAUUUCCAUUAUCCCCACGCCCUGGGGAAAUGGCAUCAGAAUGGCGCAAACACGAUUCAAGCCACAGUCUUGCUUAGAUGAAGGUGAAAUUGUAAAUGAGAGAAGAAACAGUGCUUGCUUAUCAACUCACUGCAUGU